CACACAAAGGUGUUAAUUAACAAAGUUUACGAAAGCUAAUUCUAAGUUUAUCACGAGGAACUCUUUCGAUUGUAUCCUGGAGAGCCUGGAGAGCGUGUUCAUGGAAAGCCCGAGAGAAACUUUACCGGCACCGUCCUGCCUUAGUCUGAAACUAGUCGCUCUCUCAAUCAAUCUAGAGAGAGAUUUUGAAUCUAGGUUUGAGGAUAUUUUGACCUUGGUAAUACCACCGUGGAUAAUUAAUCCAUAUGGUGACAUAGAACAAACGAAUGUCAUAAUACAAGAGGAACUGACGGAACUAAGUACAAAAGAAGAACUUAAGGUUCAGUUUAAAAACGGAUAUCAGCAAUUCUGGCUGCAAAACAACAUACCCGUUACUUAUCCCACUGGUAAAAAACCAUAUAGCUCUCAGAACAAGGAAAAUGUACAUGCUUUAACUAGACAUCUAAAGAUAUCCAGUUGUUGCACUGAUAUUAUGAAGUUAUCCAUUUUCACCUUCUUGGUCUGUGUGAGAUAUCUAGUUGUGUGCCUGAAUCAAUAG